GUCACCGCAAGUACCCGAGGCAGGUACGGCUCCCAUUCGCUUUUCAAUCAGUCAGUGUGAAGUUUAAAAAGCCGAAAGGACCAAAACCGUCGCGAAUUUUCAGUGAAACCUCCGGUACCACCCUUCGAACGAACGUUUCCGUGCGGUUUCCAGUGAUGUCUUCGGGUACUUCUCGUCCGAAACGGAUGCUGCGAGCGUAGUGUUUAUAAUGUGAGGUGGCUGAUCUCGCGUUCGGCCAUAUUGCAUACCAGAGUGACCGAGACGGCAGUACGGCGGAACAGCUGAAGAGCAAAAAGGAUAGAUUGAGACCCGGAGAUAUUCAGGCCCUGAAGAGGCUCUAGACGGCGGGGCAAGGGACUGAGGAAUGUUAGAUCGGAGAAUAGAAGAUCCCUGACUCUUUACACGCACAUUUAUCUAGUACUAACAUGCAAAUAUAACAAAUUUAAACCAUGAAAAGCUCCAUAAUUCUCAGCACACUCUCGUGCUGUUUCCUGACGAUCCUGGUUGGAGCUCAAAGUCCUGGACCAGGACCCGGAAAACCACCUCUAGAUUCCUCCUACACAGAGCAAAUGCAAAGCAGAGCAGUCGAUACUAGAGUAACAUUCGAUAUAUACGAAGGUCAACCCAAAGGUACCCUAGCUGGAAGAAUUCCGAUUAAAACAGGCUUCACAUACCGCUUUAAUGAAGCUCCCAAAGAGUUUACUUUAGAUCCAGUAACAGGACAAAUCUCUACCAACAUAAUUCUGGACAGGGAAACCCUGAAAAACGAUCACUAUGAUUUAGUAGUGUUAUCCAGCCAACCUACAUACCCUAUCGAAGUCAGGAUAGUAGUCCUGGAUAUAAACGAUAAUUCUCCUGAGUUUCCUGAACCCAGUAUAGCUGUCAGUUUUUCGGAAAGUGCAGUGUCUGGAACAAGACUCCUUCUGGACGCAGCAACCGAUAAAGAUAUUGGUAUAAACGGUAUCAGUGACAAUUACGAGAUAAUCGGAGGUAACGAAAACGACAAGUUCAAACUGGUUCUAACCAAGAACCCAACAGGGGAUUCUUCGUACCUUCACCUAGAAACCACCGGUAAACUUGACAGAGAAACUCAGGGUUCUUAUAUCCUAAAUAUCAGUGCUAGAGAUGGAGGUACUCCACCAAGAUACGGGUAUCUACAAGUAAACGUCACUAUACUUGACGUAAACGACAACCCUCCGAUUUUUGAUCACAGUGACUACAUAGUGAGCUUGAACGAAAGUGUCCCUCCUGGUACUCCAGUGCUUCAAGUGAUGGCAACUGAUAACGAUCUAGGAGACAACGCCAAAAUAACAUACUACCUCAGUGAUAACGAAAGACAGUUUACGGUAGAUCCAGAAACUGGAUACAUUUCAACCACCGAACCUCUAAACUGUCCGCAACAAAACUGUGUCCAGCCUACAAAAAGUUGUCCGAAAAGUUGUGUUUUCACGGUUUUUGCUCGAGAUCACGGCUCACCCAGGCAAGACGGAAGGACUUACGUUACAGUGAAUUUAGUCGACGCAAACGAUCACAGUCCUGUGAUAAAAUUCUCGUACUUUCCUGUCACUGCUUUGUUCGCUACAGUCGAUGAAAAUGCAGCAAACGCUUCUGUAGUGGCUGCUAUAUCAGUGGUUGAUCAGGACGAAGGACUAAACGGUGAAACAACUGUCAAAAUAGUGUCCGGAAAUGAACUAAAUAAUUUUAGAUUGGAUUACACACCGAGUUUCGAUAUAGUUCGCGUAAACGGUGUGUUGGAUCGUGAGGAAAUUUCGAAAUAUAACCUAACAGUCGUGGCAACGGAUAAAGGUAACCCUCCACGGACAGCUACAGCUUUUCUGAUUAUUUACGUGAACGAUGUGAACGAUCACGAACCGGUGUUUGAGAAAAGUGAAUAUUCGGCUGUGCUAAGUGAACUCGCACCUCCAGGGACUUAUGUUGCCGGUAUAACAGCUACUGAUGAAGAUACAGGUGUGAACGCACAAAUUUACUACGCUUUUGUGUCAGGAAAUGAUAACCAGUGGUUCCAGAUCAACCAGGAUUCAGGAUUAAUCACCACCAAAGCUGCUCUGGAUCGGGAGAUUCAAGGUACAGUAGAAUUAAAUAUUUCGGCUAGAGAUGGCGGUCCUAACCCGAAAUGGGCUUAUACUCAAUUAAAAGUAACAAUUCUCGAUGAGAAUGAUGACGCUCCUGAAUUUUCUCAAACAAAAAUCAACGUUUCUUUGUCAGAGAGUACUCCUGCAGGGACUCUAGUUGCUAUGCUCACUGCUAGCGAUAGGGAUCAAGGUACUAACGGCAGUGUAACUUAUUCUUUACAUUCGAACGUCAAACAACGAUACGAUGAUACUUUUUUCCUGGAUUCACUCACCGGGCAGCUUACAACUAAGAAAAAAUUAGACAGAGAAGAAAUUUCGGUGUAUGAAAUACAGGUUAUAGCUAGGGAUCAGGGAAUUCCACCUCAAAGUAGUACUGCGACAGUGUUGUUAACUGUUCUUGACGAAAAUGAUAACUCUCCAGAGUUUUAUCCAUUGAAAUAUUUUAUAUCGGUUUCUGAAGAUACUAAACCCGAUACUUCAGUAUUGAAAAUUAGCGCCAGAGACAAAGAUGAAGGUGAAAAUGCCAUUAUAACUUAUAAACUCGAAAAUGAAGUUGAUAAUAUGUUUUCUAUCGACCAAUUCACAGGAAUAGUAACUUUGAGGGGUAACAUUAAAGCCAGUUCGAAACCAAUAUUCAAAUUUCAAGCUUCAGCAAAGGAUAAUGGUGAUAAAAAAGCACCGGAAAACGCCGUAAUCGAGAUAAUGAAAGACAGUUACAUGGAAGAGUUACAUUUUGAUAACUACGGUUCCUACGAGUUUGAAAUCCUGGAAGACAGCAAUGAUAUUUCUGGGUUUAAAAAACGCGAUGUUGGCAGUGUAAAAGUCAGUAAUGCUGAAGCAACAUACUCUAUAGUUUACGGUGAUCCUAACGGUAACUUCCACAUCCACGAAACCACUGGGAAAAUCACCACAGCAAAGAAAAUCGACAGAGAACAAAGCAUAACCUACACACUCACAGUAGUAGCAAGAUCACGCCUAAGUUACGGCAAAACAACAGUUAACAUUAUAGUUCAGGACUUGAACGACAACAAACCUACUUUUUUGAAAUUCAAAGACGAAAUUAAACUAGCUGAAAACGCGGCAGUUGGACAGGAAGUUUACCUAGCCAGAGCCAGAGAUCUGGACUCUGGAGUGAACAGCAGGAUAACUUAUGCGUUAAGUUACAAUCCAGACGACCAAUUCAGAAUAUCUGAGGCUAUUGGAGUGAUCUACCUUAACAAACCUAUUCGAUCUGAACCGAACACUGUCAUUCAUGUCGAAGUUACUGCUACCGAUGGAGGAGUACCACCUUUAUCGUCAAAACAUACUGUAGAUAUUACUGUAGCUGACGUAAACGAUCAUACUCCAGUGUUUGAUCAUACUUCAUAUGAGACAUCUUUGCUUGAAAGUACACCAGUGAACGAGAGAUUUUUUGCUUUAGCUGCUAGUGACGCUGAUUUAGACCUGAACGGAAGAAUAACCUAUGAGAUUACGGAAGGAAAUGGCGAAGAAAAAUUCGGAGUUUUUCCAGAUGGGUUUCUCUACCUAAAGAAACCUUUGGAUAGGGAAGAUAAGGAUUAUUACUCUUUAACCGUCAUGGCAAAAGACAUGGGUAACCCAUCCAGAUUCUCCGUUGUGCCCGUAGUGAUCCAUGUCAUCGACGAAAACGACAACCCACCUCAAUUCACCAACUCAACUUUCACAUUUCAAGUUCUGGAGAACCAACCACCUGACUCAUUUGUAGGAAAACUCACGGCUACAGACAAAGAUAUCGGAAGGAACGCAGAACUCAUUUUUUCUCUUUCAAACCUACAAAACGAUUUUGCUAUUGACCCAAAGAAUGGAUUCAUCAGAACACUGCAUGUUUUUGACAGAGAAAACUUGGUACAACUAAACGGACACAGCUUCAUAACUCUAGAAGCUACGGUUACAGACAACGGAACACCUAGACUCAAGGAUAAGGUUAAAGUUAAUGUUUAUAUAGCCGACGAAAACGAUAAUGCUCCCAAGUUCUUGAGGACACCUUAUAAAGUACAGAUCUCUGAAGGAAGUAGUGUGGGAGUUCAAGUUUUGAGACUGUAUACUCAGGACAUUGAUGAAGCACUGAAUGGAGAUGUAUAUUAUUCAAUAAUCGGCGGAAAUGAAAAUAAAAGAUUUGAUAUUGAAGAAGCUACUGGUCAAAUAAUCUUGGCACGUCCUCUAGAUAGAGAAACUGUCUCAAAAUACACCUUAACCGUUUUGGCACACGACGCAGGACUUUCUAAACAACUCAACUCUACAACAACUGUCCAAAUUGAAGUCUUGGAUGAAAACGACAACUCCCCCGAGUUCACUCAAAGUGAAUCGAAGAUUUCUAUCAACGAAGUAACCAGUGUCAACACAGAACUGAUCCAAUUCAAGGCUACAGAUGCUGAUUUAGGUGUGAACAGUGAGGUGGUGUAUUCAAUCACUGCAGGAAACAGGAAAGAUACCUUCCACAUCGAUCCAUUAAGCGGUGUGCUCUAUUUGCAUAAGAAUUUGGACUAUGAAGAACUCAGUUCGUAUCAGUUGAAUAUAACUGCAUCGGAUAACGGUAGUCCAAGAUUGUUUACAACGAUUUUGUUUGCGAUUUCUGUAGAAGAUGCAAACGAUAACCCUCCAGCUUUUCCAAGCACUGCUAUAGUAAGACAGAUAAGAGAAGGAAUUCCAGUUCAUACACCUAUAGUGACUGUAACAGCUGAUGAUCCAGAUUCUGGGAUAAAUGGGAAGGUGACUUAUGCUAUAUCAUAUCAAGAACCAGAAGAUUCAAAGAGGCAUUUUGGUAUUAACCCUAUAACUGGAGUUAUUCAUAUUUUAAGACCUAUCGACCGGGAAACUAUAGAUACUUUUAGAUUAACUGUGAUAGCAACAGAUAUGGCACAACCAGAAUCCAGUAGGUUAAGUGCUGACAAGCUGGUCACAGUGAUUGUGGAGGAUAUUAACGACAAUGCCCCUAUUUUCGUCUCAAUGAACGCUGCAGUUCUUCCUCAACAACCCGAGAAGUUCUACAGACAGGGGAUCACAGUUAUGAACGUUUUUGCUCGAGACCUGGACUCAGCAACUAAUGGAUUGGUCACUUACGAGCUUGUUAGCGAUCCCAGUGAGCUUUUUAUGCUUGAUCAGAGUACUGGUGCAUUAAGGUUACGAAGACCUCUCUCAAAUCCCGAACCAACAUAUCGUUUGAGCGUGAAAGCUACGGACGAAGCUGUCCAAAAUGAGCGUAGAUCAACUGAGGCUUACUUAACUGUUAUUGCUGAGAGUGGUAAGUCUGAGAAAGGUCCCAAGUUUGAUAGUAGCGGGUUCUCGGGUAGUGUUUUCGAAAACGAAUCGAUCGGGACGUCGAUUUUGACAGUUUCGGCUAAAUAUUCGAACGAGGAAGUGGAAUACUACGUGACUAACGUGACUGGUGAUGGUGUUCAAGUUGACAGAUUGUUUGACAUCGAUACGAAGUUGGGAGUGCUGUCCACGGCUACGGAGUUGGACAGGGAGGCUGGUGUAGAGACUUACGUGGUGGAGGUGAUUGCUAUUAUCGUGGGAGGUGGACCUAAAACAUCAAAAGCAAAGGUCCAAAUCACCGUACUGGACAAAAACGACAGUCCCCCCUCUUUCAAGGACUCCCCCCUCCACUACACAGUCUCGGAGGACUUCGGUCCUGGUCAAUCGUUCGCCACCAUCAGAGCCGAAGAUCCGGACACUAUCGGCCAAUUAGAAUACAGUAUUCUGAGUGGAGACGAUGGCAAAUUUGCUCUGGACAAGGAAUCAGGCAUGCUGAGACUGGUGGACAGUUUGGACAGGGAGACGAAAGAUGUUUAUAAGUUGACUGUGAGGUGCAGUGAUGGGAAUCAGUACACUGAUAACACAGUCACUGUUGAGGUUAACGAUACCAACGACAAUCCACCGGUGUUUCUGGAACAAGCCUAUUCCUUCGACAUUCCAGAGAACGCAGUGAGGGGAUCCAGAGUAGGUCAAGUGAAAGCCACAGAUCUGGACUUGGGAAUAAACGCCCAAUUGACUUACACGGUCAUCAGCGACUGGGCCAACGAUGUAUUCUCUCUGAAUCCUCAAACGGGGUGUUUACUCUAA